UUCUCAUUCACUUCGCUUCUUAAACUCUUACAAUUUUAAUUUCAUCACAUCUUUAUUUACUUUAUGCUCUCCCCUUCCUUUUAGAUUUUCUAAACUGUCUCUUCAUCAAAAUCACAAUGGCCCUUUCGACCACCAGAGGAACCUCCUCUUCCUCUUUCACCCAACGAUGCAUAUAUGAUGUGUUUUUGAGUUUCAGAGGAGAAGAUACCCGCAAUGGUUUUACCAGCCAUUUGAAUGGUAUUUUGCGUCAUAAUGGUAUUAACACUUUCAUGGAUGAUGAGCUUCCAAGAGGAGAAAAAAUUUCCGCUGAACUUCUUGAAGCUAUUGAAAGUUCAAAGUUUUCGAUAAUUGUAUUCUCUAGAAAUUAUGCAUCCUCCACUUGGUGUUUGGAUGAACUUGUCAAGAUUCUUGAGUGUAAGAAUAAUGGCCAAGUGGUGUUACCGGUUUUUUACAAGGUGGAUCCAUCAGAUGUACGUAACCAACAGGAAAAGUUUGGAGAAGCACUCGCAAAGCAUGAAAAAAUAUUCAAGGAUAAUAAAGAGAAGGUGCAAAGAUGGAGGGCAGCCCUAAAUGAAGCCAGCCAUAUAUCUGGUUGGCAUUACAAAAAUGAGUAUGUGUUUAAUCUCUACUUUGUUAUCACCAAUUAAUUUUAUUGCUAAACAAACAACAACCCCCAAAAAAAACCCUUCUUGUUUGCUUUUUUAU